GAAGUACUUCAAUUACCCAGCGGAGAAGGAAACAACAACGAAUUAAAACAUGAGCCAACAUGAAAGCACCAUCGACGAGCGCAAGAGUGAUUACAAAGUGACCACAGAGCAGCMAAAAAACGACCAAGUUUUAUCAGUCGAAGACUGGAAUGAUGCGUAUUUGGCACAUCAAUAUCGCCUAUCUCUCCCAUCCUCUCCAACUCAAUCUAAUUUYCGAGUGCUUGCACUUUUGUUUUACGAAGAGAAAUACGAUGGGAACGGAUCUCCGAUGGCAACCUCGCACCUUCCCCCAUGGGUCAAACAGAUGGUAGGGGAUCGCAACUUCAUUGUAGGAACGAACGACGAGCCAGGRUAUAUKGGAGGGGCAAUUUGUGCGGAACGGGCAGCAAUGGUCCAAUUGAGAUUCGUCCCGGCCUUUCGUAUUACUAAGCUGGUCAUCGCAACGGAUUGCGAAACCGUGCCAAUUUCUCCUGGCAUGCUAUGCAGAGAAUUCUUAGCGGGACACGGAGAAAGCGUGCCGUGGGACCUAAAGGUCAUCAGCACCGGUAGUCAGUGUACACGAUGUAAACGAAAAGACGAAGACAUCAUUCGGCCAUUGAAGGGAUURCAAUCAGCGAAAGAAGAUGGCGAUAAAUCGUAUUGCUGCAUUGAAGGGCAUGAAGGGCACUCGCUGCCUACACUUAGGACGACGAUUGCCGAAUUGUAUCCGUUUCCAUCACCGUAUACCCGGCUGACCGCGUCGCAAUCUGUCGCGUUGGGAACCAAAUUUGGCGAGAGCUCGCAUCGCAACCGCCACUUAGAUUAUCUAGAUUCUACAGCCAAACGGUUGCUCGAAUUAGCAAUUUCGGRGGCUCAACAAAGUGUUUUGAACGAGGCCGGACGAGAAAACCACCCGAUUCAUUUUGGUGCAGCCGUCGCCUUUGAAGAUCAGAGCAUAUCCACGAGCAAUCAGCGGAGCGCGUUGGAAUAUGGAUGCAGCCUGGAUGCUGUGUCGCAGCUAGUGCCAUACAUAGAGGACUCGGAUUGUCCCCCCGUUUUGAUAGUGCAGGUAGAYCAGUAUGGUGUCGCGCAUUCUCCAUUUGCCCCGGCGCGAGCGUAUCUUAGCGAACACGGUUACGAAGACUGCCGCAUCAUCGUCCAUUCUACAGAUAUCAACGACGUAACUUGUUUAGACAAGUGGRACCUUAUUAAGGUACRAGUGGCCAACCUGGCUCCUACUCCACCGGCUUGGACGAUGAGCGAGAGCACGGAUAAAAUCAGGACGYCUUCGGACAUCGACGAUCCUUGCGAUUCGUGACAUUUCGGAACGCGAUGGAUAAUGCAACUMUUUUUUAAAAAAAGUUUCUUUGCCUACAAUAGUAUAGAGGAURUAUGUUUAGCCCGAAAAMAMGAACUAUUAAAAAUCGGCACUCUGAUUAUUGAAGGCCCAUCUUUGAUAGUAUGGCUCUAACGUUGGUUAGAGAUCGAUGAAAGUCUAUUUUCUAUUAUUUUUGUGCAUGAAUGCUAUUUKAAACAAUAUGCGUGCCAACCACGUUUUUGUUUCGUUUUGGCAUACAUCUCCAUCACACCCGGGAAACCCUUGCAACAGCACUAGCGUAGCUGACGCUGCUCUCCCUCAUCGAUCGYACCUGUGACGACUGGGCGUACUUGUUGAAUUCAAUAUCCAAUGCCGCAUUAGUGUUUGUGACGCUGCUUGCAGUUUCGGAAUGGACCACCGCAUUCAGCCAAGUUUGAAUGGCGUGCCUGCCGCAUAUGGUGUUUCUCGUGUUCYUCAGAUAUUCCGCAAAGGCACCCGGUUCCUUCAUUUCGAUGUGGCGCAUUCCCUCGCGAUCYAGGUUCUGGAUGUAUUCGAAUAUUUCCAUAGUGGUCGUCUUGGUUCCCGCUGCUGCUGUUGGUGCCGUCGCUUCUGUGGGUUGGUACCGAAACCGGCUUCCCCAGUGACAAAAGUCCGUCGAGACGAUCGAAACCACGUCCUUUCUUGCCACGAUUUUGGUCAGCAAUUUGCCGUACUCURACUCCUUGACAUUCGAGAUGCUACCGCACAUAAUGGGUAGUAUCGGGAUGGGCAAAGAGGCCCCGCCUUUUCUCUGUUUCGCAUUCCGGAGAACCUUGGCGAUGUACGGGUACUGCAUCUCCCCGCUGUGCUCCGCCUCGUCGGUAUCCCGGUCCAUCACCGUAAAGGCCGCUUCUCCCCCGAGGCUGCCAGAUUUUUUCAGGGACAAAAUUUCGUCACGGAGUUCCGCGUCCACAGGCAGGUCCCCGAGAGGUGUUUCGAUGGCGCUUGCCCCGCUGACGGCGCACCCGUUGAGGUACACGUGGUGGGAGGGAUGAAAGACCAGGAUGCGCCGAACGGGUGACUCAUGCUUGGAGAGUUCUUCCUCAAGAGCCCGGUAUCCGUAGGCCGCCGUGGGUCCCGAGUACGAGAAUCCGGCGUGUGGACAAAUGAUGGCACGGAGGGAGGACAGCGAAGACGAUUCGGAGUCCUCCUGCCUCUCGUCGCCCCCUUCUUCAGCUGCUGCUGCUAGAUACCGCGAGAGAGUCUGAUCGAGGGCACUCUCGUCGUCGGAAUACCACGAUCCGGCAUGGGAAGCACGUCGAUAGUAUCCCCCACUCAUUUCGUUGAUGUUGUCUUUGUCRGCAGCUGUAUUGAAGUUUUUUGCCUUUCCAGAAGCACUCCCCAUAGCCAGGUAAUAGCGUUA